AUGGCCGCCACUAGAGGGCGCCGGAAGUCCGGACCGAUUGUCAGGUGCACACAGGAAACGCCUUUCUUCUGCGCUCUCCGGGCGCUUCCACGCCGUCAUUCGACGCGGAGUUUGCUGGGCCGGCGCUGCGCAGCCGGGCGGUCGCGGGCCACGGAGGGUCGCUCGCCCGAGGGACCAGAGGAAGAGGCCGAGCCGCAGCGCGCCUGGAGCGGGGACAGCGGCACCGUGUCCCAAAGCCACAGCAGCGCCUCGGGCCGUGGGAGGACGAGGGCGGAGGACGGCGCGCCGGGGGAUGCCGCCUGCCUGCUGCCCGGAGCCGGCGCGCGGCCCGAGGUCGAGGCCCUGGACGCGAGCCUGGAGGACCUGCUCACCAGAGUGGACGAGUUCGUGGGCAUGCCGGACAUGCUUCGCGGCGACUCGUCCCACGUCGUCCGCGAGGGAGUGCCGCGCAUCCACGCCGAGGCCGCCGAGAUGCGGCGCAUCUACAGCCGGAUCGACCGGCUGGAGGCCUUCGUGAGGAUGGUGGGCGGCCGCGUGGCCAGGAUGGAGGAGCAGGUCACCCAGGCCGAGGCCGAGCUGGGCGCCUUCCCCAGGGCGUUCAAGAAGCUCCUGCACACGAUGAGCGUGUCCUCGCUCUUUAGCAAGUCGUCUUCCUCGAGGCCGCAGCGAGCCGGCUACGAAGCCCCCGUCCUGUUUCGGACCGAAGACUACUUCCCUUGCAGUGAGAUGCCUCAGCUCGGACGCCUGACCGCUGCGGCCAAAGGACCCCAGCCGGGGGCUCACCUCCAGUGUGCAGGGCGCUGCAGGUGGUGCUCAUGGACGUCUGUGAUGCUGGAGUGCGGAGUUUUAAAUUUUACCGUGCACAGACUCUCCUUAGUAUAUUCAUGA